AGAAGGGCUCGGACGCGGCUUUCCCAGCCACAGGGCGAGGCAGCGGCCAGGGCUGCACCAGCGUCCGUGGGCGAGCGGCCCCAUGAGCCGGCAGCUGGGCGUGCGGGGCUCGGAUGGGGAGGACGAGGAGGAGGAGGAGAUCGGCAGCGUGGGGGCCGAGGAGGUGGAAGGGGACAGGGGCGUCCAGGGGCAGCCCCGCCGGUCGGGAGAGCCCGAGGGGAAGCCGCCCUACUCCUACAUCGCGCUCAUCACCAUGGCCAUCCUGCAGAGCCCGCAGCAGAAGCUGCCGCUGAGCGGCAUCUGCGCCUUCAUCCGCGGCCGCUUCCCCUACUACCGGCGGCGCUUCCCCGCCUGGCAGAACAGCAUCCGCCACAACCUCUCGCUCAACGACUGCUUCGUCAAGCUGCCGCGGGAGCCGGGCAGCCCGGGCAAGGGCAGCUACUGGGGCCUGGACCCGGCCUCGCAGGGCAUGUUCGACAACGGCAGCUUCCUCCGCCGCAGGAAGCGCUUCAAGCGCCCCCCGCCGCCGCCACCCGCCCCGGCCCCGGCCCUGCUCUGCCCGCCCUGCGCCCUGCUGCCCCCCGAGCCUCUGCGCUACGUGCCGCCCGAGGCCGGGCUCCCGCUGCCCCCUGCCUGCCCCCUGCCGCGCCGGAGGGCGGCCGGCUGCGCCCUGCAGCUGGGGGUGCUGCUGCUGCGGGAGCAGGAGGCGGCCGGGGCACAGCAGGUGGCCGCUCCCCCAGGCCGCGGCUGCUCCUUCAGCAUCGAGAGCAUCCUCAUGGGCAGCGAGCCGGCCCCCAGCCCGCUGCUGCGGCCGGCCGCCGCCUGGGCUUGCGGGCCCCAGCUCCUGCCCCGCGCCCCCUGCCUGCUGCCUGCCGCUCUGCUAGGCGCGGCCUCGCCGUGGGACACCGCCUCCUGCGCCCCGGGGGCCGGGAAGGGUGCCCGCCUCCUCCGGCCCAGCCCUGGUGCGGAGGCGGCGUUGCUGGGCUGCCAGCCAGUCCAGGGCCCCGCCAGGCUGCUGCCCCUUGGAGCGGCUGCGGGGGGAUCGCCGGCCGCCUUCUAGCCCCAAAGGGAUCCGGUCUGGCACCGCCACCCCGGUCCCAACCUCCGGCCACCCCUGCCGGGGAGGGACGUUGCGCGGACACCUUGGUCAAACAACGUCAUGCUCCGAUCGGAAACGGCCCGGGCACUGCCCCGUCUUUGCCGUCGGGGCGGGGGUCGGGGGACUUCUGCACUAGCCCCCCCAUCCGUCUCUGGGUGGCGAUUGUCCUGGAGCGCCUUACUUUAUGCUGCGAGCUGAAACUGACUUUGACCCUGCUAAGUUUGCAGCAGCUCCGGCUCUGGGAGGGACAGAGUAGGUUUUUCACCCAGUUCCUGGGGUGUAGCGAUCAUGCAGCAAAUAAUCCCCUCACGGAUGCGCGUUGUCUGUAAAAUGUUUACAAAGCGACGGGCUUUAAAUGAGGGUAGUUUUUUUAAGGAACAGGUCACCGGGCACUAUCGUGAGUGUUGCUGUUUUUCUCCCUGUGCAACGUCAAAAGCGCAUCCGGUCUGCAUUAUCUGAGUGAGAAAUGAACUAAGUGGGUAACUUGUGGGAUUCAAACAAAAACGUCAAACACUGGACAACUUCCACUAUAAUACGUUUCCUUUUCUCCUCCUUUGAACGACAAACUUUUCAAAAUGCCAAGCGUACAAUACUUAUGUAUCCUGUGUUUCCUCUUGUGACGGGUUUGCAAUAUAAAUAGACUUGCAGCUGAAUAUUUAUUGCCUGUGAUCUGUAUUUGCAGCUGCCGUGGGGAAAUGUUAACAUAAAAACUUGUGUAUGGCCUAAAUAAAAAACAAUAUCGUGCUU